UUUUCUCCCAUGCCUCCAUUACUUUCCUUUUACACCUCACAUUCUUCAUGAACUAAUCAUGAUGCUUUGCUCUUUUUCCACAUUGCACACCAACUGAUCAAACAAACCAACCAACCAUCAAUCAUUCAUUAAUCACCACCUACAAAACACCACAAAAAAUGCUCCCUCUUUCCCUCUUUUUCAUUCAACUCCUCACCCUCGCACUAGCCGGAACCAUUUCCGACAAACAGAUGGUUGUAACCACACCUAUAACAACUGUUCCUACGAUAACUCCGGCGAACACGAACCCUACUAUCCAACCCAAAACCACAACAUCCCCAAUACCAUCAUCUUCAUCUUCUGGUGGUAGAAGUUGGUGUGUUGCAAGCCAAUCUGCUUCACAAACUGCAUUGCAGGAUGCUUUGGACUACGCGUGCGGUCAUGGUGGCGCAGACUGCUCCGCGAUUCAACAAGGUGGUGCAUGUUAUAAUCCGGACACCCUGCGCCACCAUGCUUCUUAUGCUUUCAACGAUUAUUAUCAAAAGAAUCCGAUUCCUAGUAGCUGUAAUUUUGGUGGCACCGCGAUUACAACCAGCACAGAUCCAAGUUCUAAUACAUGUCAAUUCCCGGCAACAAGCACAAGCUCUUCAGUUUUGAAUACCACAAAUUCAAGUGGAGCUACAGUUUUCGGUUCAGGACCGUCUGUCCCCUCCAGCAUUGCAUCCCCAAUGCUCCUUCCGAAUGUACUUCAUUUAAUCUUCUAUACUUUAUGCAUUUAUGUAGUGUUUUAAAAAUAUGUAUUCUAUACUUCUUAUUACAUAAAUAUUAUUAUUAGUAGAUUAAUUUAAUAGCUUUAUUAGUUUACUUUCA